GCUCGCACCAGCCAGACCGCGCACUUCGAUUUUGACGUUGCCUCCCCCCUUCUGAAGCCCCCGUCUCUCAAACCAGAGCCGGCUCGUCUUCCCCGCAGGCGCUGACGCGACAGAGGACUUUUUUCGGUUCCCCGACGCUGAACGCGGGCGGUAAUUUAUUUUGAAAGUUGGAUUACGGCGGAGCCACUUGAGCUGGGAGGAAAUAUUGUCCGCCAGAUGCUGCUCAGACGAUGAGCAGCAGUGAAGUAGAGGUUGGGGAAAUCAGCGGAAUCCCGUGCUGUCAACGGCAGCGUGGCGAGCGUAGAUAAGCCCCCUUAUGAGGUGAAAACUCUUACCCAUCCUGCAGUACCCCCCCCCCCACCCCAGCACCAACGGAAGGAAUAGGGAUGUCACGGCUGUUCCUCCUUUUGGCAAUGCUCGUUGUUUCCUGCAGCAUCCAGGUGUCCCCUGCUGCUACCCUGGAUAAGCUGAAGGAGAGUUGGAAAUUGUACAUGGAGGAGUGUGAGCGCAACAACAGCCAAGACCCGCCGAGCACCGGCCUCGUUUGCAACAGGACUUUUGACAAUUACGCCUGUUGGCCCGAUGGACUCCCCAACACCACUGUCAGUGUGUCAUGUCCGUGGUAUCUGCCGUGGCACCAUAAAGUUCAGCACGGCUUGUUGCAUCAGGAAUGCGAUGCAAACGGCCAGUGGGUGACUAUGAGGAAUACCAGCGAGUGUGACUCUAAUGAUCCAGGUCUGCAGUACUAUGGCCAUAUUCGGAUCAUGUACACAGUGGGCUAUUCCUUAUCACUGGUGGCUUUGGUUUUGGCACUUGGCAUCCUCAUAUUCUUCAGGAAACUGCACUGCAUGAGGAACAACAUCCACAUGAAUCUGUUUGCCUCCUUCAUCCUGCGAGCGCUGUCCAUCCUCAUCAAAGACGCCCUGCUGGUGGCCAACAUCACAUCGCAGGACCUCAGCAGAGACCAGGAGCAGGGAUUCCCCCGGGCAUCUAUGCCUCCGGUGGAGCUGCUGGUCAACAAUGAGGUCAGAACAAUGGUUAGCUGUCGCAUCGCCGUGGUGAUGAUGCAAUACAGUAUCAUGGCCAACAGCUACUGGCUGCUGGUGGAAGGCAUCUACCUCCACAACCUCCUGGUGAUCACUGUGUUUACAGAGAGGAACUACUUCAAAAUCUACCUGUGCAUUGGCUGGGGUACCCCAUUAAUAUUCCUUGUGCCCUGGGUGGUAGCUAAAUACCUGUAUGAAAAUCAAGAGUACUGGGGACAAAACAUAAACAUGAAUUACUGGUGGAUCAUCCGUUCCCCGAUACUGCUGGCAGUUGUGAUCAACUUCCUCAUCUUUAUCCAUAUUAUUAAAAUUCUUGUGUCAAAACUUCAAGCGCACCAAAUGAGAUACACAGAUUACAAGUUCAGGUUGGCUAAGUCGACUCUAACCCUGAUCCCUCUGCUGGGUAUCCAUCAAGUGGUCUUUAUCUUUGUGACGGAUGAAUCCACCGAGACCACCAUCGGUCUGCGUCUCACCAAGCUCUUCAUCGACCUCUUCUUCUCCUCCUUCCAGGGUCUCUUGGUGGCCAUCUUGUACUGCUUUGUCAACAAAGAAGUGCAGUCGGAGAUUCUGAAGAAGUGGAAGCGCUGGAAGCUAGGGAGGAACAUCGAGGAGGAAUACCGCCACACCUACAGCAAUACCCCCAACACGAAGACAGGCAGCCUGUUGAACCAUGUCUCUCGAUUGCCUCACCUCCCAGACAUCGCCAAAACCUCUGUCCCGGUCUGCAGCCCUGAGGAGAGGCACAUGCUUGUGGCUGGCUGCCCUAACGGGAUGGCCAACAGUAAGGGGGAGGACCAGUGCGCCUCUCCGCUGGAAGAGGGAACCAUCAGCAACUGCACCCUGGUGGAGGACAUCGGCCUUACGGACAGGCUGCAGUGUUAUGAGUCUCGGAGAGAGAAAGAGCCACCUGUGAAAGACACUGUUACCAAGAACUUGGUGAAGAAAGAUGGAGGGCUUUGAGCGCUCAUCUGGAUCUGACAUACUGCCCUGAUUGGCUGUGAAGAGCUGGGCUGAUCUGUCAGGGCGGUCUUUGCUCAGAGAUCAGUGUCAUCAGGAGACCCAGCAGCACUCAGCCCUCUCCAAGGCCUGAGAAUGGAGAACAAUAUGGCAGACAUCCACGCUGAGAGGUCUACUGUGCUGUGAGCUUUGUGAAUGGAUUUCUGUAGAUAUUCGUCAGACAGUGUAAGAAGCUGCUGCAUGUUGAACAUUGCAACAACAGUAUCUCAAGGCAGAUAAGCCAUGUAAAAUAAUACGAAAAAAAACCCCCAGAAACCUUAAACACCUACGACCACGACAAAACAAAACAACAACAACAACAACAACAAAGACACAGGGUCCUUGCUUAAGCCUCUGCUUUAAUUUGUGCUGUGUAUCAAAUGUGUGUUUUGUGGUACUGAAGGUUGAAGACAAACUGGACAUUGAACUGCAUACACAAAAAAAAAAAAACAAACAAAUGACCCAAAACAAGAUGGUAGGGAUCAGAGGCUUUUUUUUUCUUUGCUUUACUCUGAUAUCUGUAAAUGGCUCUUGUCUAUAUUGACUUUGAUGAACAUGUACAGAAAAAGGAGAAAUAUUCUGUUGACUGUACCUCAUAAAGUAAGGUGACCACAGUGUUGUUCACGCGGCCCCAAGCAGGGCCCAUGGGAAAUUGGCAGCUGCUCUCACCAGGUCAUUCCUAGCUUACAUAUAGACCUUAAAGGUGGUCAAGAGAUGGCAUGGGAUGAAUUAUAAAUAAGCUAAAGUGAUCAUCGCUUGACUUACUUGUGUGUUUUACAAUAAAAAUAAAUGUUUUUUAUAUGGGUCUAAACCUUGAAUACUGCGGAGUGCUACAGUUGUUACUGUGUAAAUGUGCCAGGUGUGUUUUCAAGGGGAAUAGUUGCAAUGAUGUGCCAUUAAAUAUGUUUUCUUUCCCUCUUGCCAUCAAGAUGUUAUCUGACUCACAUGCCUUGGUGUACUAUAUGAACUUCUACACAGUGGCCCAUUCAACCCCUUGAGAUGAGAGCUGAUAGGGGGAACUGUGCACUCAGAUCAAGGAUAAAAAUACACAGCAUACAGACAUGACCUGUAAAGGCACGCAUGCAUAAAGUAUGAACCCAACACUGGGACUCAAAAUAACAUGUCACCUCUGGCACAAGGGUGCUUUUAGCCAUGCUAAAUAUAGGCUGUCAUGCAUGCAGAUUACGCUGAUUUAGUGAACUUAAGUUCUAAAUUGUGCGUACUGUACAGUGCCACCACAUCAGUAUCCCCACUUUGCAAAUGCCAAAAAGUCAGACAGACUUUGCUGACGACUGCAUGCGCACAGUAACUCUACCGACAGUGGUAAGUAUUCAGCCUUAUUCUGUGUCUGCGAGGGCUUUGGUCAUUGAACAAAACUCUUCACCCUAAAGGUAGAACAAAUCCUCCCUGGUAAGCAUGUUAGUGACAAAAAAAGCUAAAUUAGUAGUGGUACAUUUGCUUCUGAAUAAGUUGCAUUAGUUUUUUUUAAAGGGAAGCUUUUUUUUUUUUUUUUUUUUUUAAAUGUUAGUUAACCUUUGAGUUGCUAAAUAUUUUUGCCAGAACUAACUCAACUUGACUUUGUAUGUAUGACUAUUUGCACAAUGUUAAUUUAUAAUUGCUGAAUACUGUGUGUAUACAUGUGUUUAAACCGGUGAUUUAUCUGAUUGCUGUCAAUACGUUUCAUGCAUGUCUGUGUGUGUGUAUGUGUGUGUGUGUAUGAGUAUAUUUUCAGGUGGGUAUGAAUGUGUAUAGUUUCAGUAUUCCAGAUUAGUGGAUGUGUUACAGGAGGAUGAAUCACUGAGUGCAGCCAGAGGAGCAAUGGGUUGAUAUAAACCAGUGCAACUGGCUUCGCACAGAGCACAGAGGUCAUAGGUCGAUAUGAGUCAGUCCCACUCUGGCACACACAAUAUCACACCACAGGACAUUCCCGGAGGUCAUGCCCAUAUAAAGCAUAAUUAAGACACAAUUCUGUGUUUUAUUAUGGAAGCUACUCUAGUGAUAUUCCUCGCUGUCAUUUUAUAGUUCAUUGUUAAAUUUAAGCACAACAGUGAUGUGUUUGUUAUUCACAUAAUAGCUCUGUGCAUUUACACUUCAGCCAGGUGCUGGUGUUGAGUCGAUUAAAAAAAAAAAAAAAAAUGCAGACUGAGGCUAUUUUUCACCAGCAUCUGCUGAGGAUUGUAAUAGAGCAGGUAGAUAUCCAAUACUCAGACCUGAGCUGGGAGCGUGACGCGUGCACAGUGGUGGCACUGCUGUUGCUCAGAGGUGAAUUUCGCAGUGUUUUUCUUAUUUUGCAGAGCAGGAGAAAUGUUUCUAUACCGACACGGUAACAAAGGGAUGCUUUGCACCUUGACUAAAAAUAGGAUUCAGUAGAUUAUAUAAGUAUAUUGCUGAUUUUAUUUCAAAAAAUACAUGUAUUUUAAGCUGUGACCAUAACCAUGUAUGUUUUUGAAACCAGCAGCUUGGGUCACUCCCCUUUAUGGACCAAGGCGGUUCUGUCUGAAUGUAUUCUUUAAAAGGCCCAAAUCAGUAUGUUCCUUUUUAUUUUCUCUUAAUUGUGGUUUUGUACAGUAUGUUUGGUGUGAGGAACCGAUCAGCAAAAACUGAUUGUGUUCAGGUGUAUACAGUUCAUCAUAUAUUGUGUCCGCUUAUCAAUCUAUGUCCAAAUAGUGAAAGAAUAAAUUACAAUGUAUGUGAAAGACAAUUUUAACUUGCUGUGUUUUUUUGUAUCGGUGAACAUUCAGAAUGUUAAA